AUGAUAGAUGUCUGUGAAGGUACAAUAGAACUGAACCUUGGAAAAGACCUAAAGAUGAAGUUUGACAUCAAGGAUACAAUGAGGAAGCCAACAAUAGAAGGUCAACUCUUUUACAUUGAAGAAAUGGAUCAGUUGGCGGAUGAACUUUUGGAGGAAGUGUCUUUGGAAGAUCACUUGCAAGUUGCUCUCACCAUGGAUCAAUCUGAAGGGUAUCUACAUUCAGAAACUGAGGAGUAUUCUAGGCUCCUUGACACUUUCAGACCGGUUCCGAACAUCUUUUGCAUUGUGGAGUUAGACGAACCGCUUUGUGAAGUUCUGGCAGUGAGCUCGACCGAGAACUCGAUCGAGUCAGGGAAUGAACAAGCAAGCUCGAUCGAGCUAGACAUCGGAUGA